CUUGAAACGCACGUUAUAUGACGACUUACGUCACUUUUGGAUUUCAAACUCAUUAAAUAGAGCUCUUGGAAUCCGCACAACACUCGUCCAGCACAAGAGUCGCAAGUUCAUCAUCUCCGUUAGUGUUCCUCUCUUCUCCUCUCCUUGUCUCUCUCAAGAUUCUCUGUUGAAUGAUCUCCUAUACAUUUAUACUUAACUGUGUAAGAAACAAACAUGGACUGGACUGGAAUAGUGCCUCCUUUUGGUAUGGACCCGAGACCUUAUUCUCCUGAAACUUUUGCUGGAUUCAAGUGUCACACUGACAACAUGAGUAGUGACACGAAGCGUAUGGAACCUAGACAUGACAAUAUCUCCGUGGACAGUUUCUUAGGCCUUAGUAUGGAGAAUAUGGGCAUAACAAGCUCCAAGAUGGAUGAGUUUUCACUUGGACUUGACUUUUCCUUUCUCCCGGAUGAUUUUGGUACCUCAAGUGCACUAGAUUCUUGGAGCACGCAAGAUGGGGAAGCAGGUCUAAAACCAGAAAUUCUUGAUGGGUUUCUGGAUGAAGUUGAGGAAGUGGAACAUAUCUACUCAUCACACCUUCCAGAAACACAAGUCAAGAAGGAAGUAUCUGAAUUAGAUGGUGAACCUUAUGGUCUUAUGAACUUCAGCUCAGAAUCUUAUUCUCCUAGUGGAAGCAUUGGACUCUCCGAGUGGUCAAAAGAAACAGCUGUUCCACAUGCUGAAUCCAGUGUAAAAGUUAAAGAUGAGCCAGAAGAUGACAGGAAACCGCUAUCCACUUUACUAGGCUCUUGGGUUGGACGAGGCAGGAGUCGAAACAAGAACUUGCUCAACACCCGUUGUACUAGAUUAGAUUCUUUCAGUGAAACAAAGUCUUGUUUGUCUUAUGACUUCAGGCCUCGGAAAGAACCUAUGGACGAUACAUUGUUAUCUGAUGAUCCAAUAACUUCAUCUGAGAGCGAAGAUGACAUAUCUGUAACAACAAUCAAAUCCAAAAUCCGAACUGACAGGAGAAAGCAUCACAGGAUGUGGACUAUAGAUGAAGUGGUGAAGCUGCUUGAUGGUAUCUCUCACUUUGGUCUUGGCAAAUGGACUGAUAUAAAGAACCUCUUCUUUCAUUCAUCAUCCCACCGCACGCCUGUUGAUAUCAGAGAUAAAUGGCGUAAUCUACUGAAAGCAAGUUGCAGUAACAAGCAUAAUGGGGAUGAAGAGGGUGAAGAAAAACGACGGUGGUCAGCGGGUCGCACUAUCCCUAAGGAUAUACUGCAUCGUGUAAGAGAACUUGCUUCGCUCCACUCCAAGUCAUUGUGUGACUUUCAUGGCUCCUCAAGAAACUCAAGGAAGAAGAAAAAGAAGAGGAGUUGAUAAGUCUUGAUGGAGAAAGUCUAGUAGAUUAAAAUUGAAACCAAAUCAUUUGAACUGUCCUGGAAAGUUAUAAGUUGUCUGUAGGAUAUCAGUUUUAUUUGCAUCUUCUAUGUUGAUAUAUGAAAACGAAAAUGAGUACUCCAGUUUUAGAAAAAAGCUUCUUGAU